AUGAGUUCGAUAUUUUGUUGCCCCUCUAUCAAUCCGUACCGCCCACGGAAGCUCGAUCACGAGGACAAAUUCGAGGCAUUCAUGCAGUGGACCAAGCUUGAAUCCUCCCCCACUCUGGACUUGGCCUCAGUAGGGGCUGACACCGUUCCUUAUGCAGUUCAGCUUGUGAAGCAGGUCAACUUUGGGCCACAGGAGUCCAUCAGAUAUUUCGCGCCAGCGGGGACUGGCUCCCAGUUCGUGGAAGUUGCCGAAGGAGAUUUAAUUGAUUGGAACUUCGAAAAACUGAAUUCGUACAAGAACUUCAGAUGUGAAAAACACAACAAGUUUUAUGAAGUCAAUCUUUACCAGAGGAAUCCUACUAUUUCGCAUCAUUGGCGGGUCAACCUCGCACGACCAUCCCGAGAUAUCGAUCUAGCCCUUCGAACGGAAGAGCAUCAAAUGAAGGAAAUAAGGGUAGGGAUCGAGAGCUCGGAAUAUAAGGCCGAUUUAAGCCAAGGCGAAGCAUCUGUUCGGAAACAACAUGACCCUAUAGCAAGAUCACUUGAGGAUAUCCCUGCAAAGGGAACGGAUUCAAAGUCUCCUGAAAUGAUUCCUCCAGCUGCCGAUCCAGACAAUUUGGCCUUGAAGAGUGUGCUGAGGUUCCUACUUCCGCCAGACCGGAUAUCCCUUAGGUCGAACCAUCUCCUAUCCCUACUAUGCCUUGACUGGCUCAAUCAGAAGUUUGAUCUUGGGCUUAAGCUUGAACCCUCUUGGACAUCUGGACUUACCAGUUCCAACAUGAUCGUAUUCCUCUGUGGUUGUUUCGACUCUUCUGUCGACGAUGAAGUCGAUGUCGCGGAAGUAGAAGCCUUAGUUAUACCUGCAAUGAAAGAAAGUAAGCUAACUACGAGACAAAGGGUUUCAGGUCGGGACAGGUUGAAGCAGAUUGUGACCAGGGUUCUUGAUUAUGGCAUUGGGGUUGAUUGGGUAUCUAAGCAUGGUGGUCAUGUCCGGAGAGUCUUGGAUUCUUUCCCCAGUGCGGACUUUCUUGAAGAAUCAUUGCGUGCGAAUGAGAAAUAUGAAGGUGGCUGGAGUCAUCAGGAUGCUAGCGUGAUCCAGAGUGCCCCUAAUGAAGAGCUUGACGAGGAGUCUUCGGUAUGGUCAAGUCCUAGUGACAAUUAUUACCCGCAGCAUGAGAUUUACGAUUAUGGAUAUGGCUCCGAGUCCCCAAAAGACUUCACAGCUUGCGAUAAAGAAUGCGGGUACUGUGGCCAUUGCGACUAUUGA